AUGGGGUUGUUGAGUAAUAAUCACAACAAGAGCCAAUUGAUCUGUUUUGCCAUAAUUGUCGUUUUGGGAGCUUGGGCCUAUGACGAAGCUUCGGCCCGAACACUAGAAGACCGAGCGGUGUCCAUGUACGACAGGUACCGGGCCUGGAAGGGCCACCACGGGCGUGUGUACAAAGAUAUCAACGAGGAGAAGAAACGUUUCGAGAUUUUCAAGCGAAACGUGGCCCGUAUCGAUGAUUUCAACUGGGCCUCCAACAAGCCUUAUAAGCUUGGGGUCAACCAGUUUGCGGACCUUACUAAUGAAGAGUUUGGGGCCUCGAGGAAUAGAUACAAGGCCCACGUUUGUGAUUCCACUAGAACGGCGUCGUUUAGGUAUGAGAAUGUUACUGCUCUCCCUUCCUCCUUGGACUGGAGAAAGCUUGGAGCCGUCACCCCUGUCAAGGAUCAAGGCGAUUGUGGAUGUUGUUGGGCAUUUUCAGCAGUGGCAGCCAUGGAAGGCAUCACAAAGCUAUCAACAGGGAAACUAAUCUCAUUAUCAGAACAAGAGUUGGUUGACUGUGACACCAAAGGUGAGGACCAAGGCUGCAAUGGUGGAUUAAUGGACGAUGCUUUCAAAUUCAUACAAGCAAACCAAGGCCUAAACACUGAAGCAGGCUACCCUUACAAGGGAGUUGAUGGAACUUGUAAUGCUAAGGGGGAAACCACUCAUGCUGCCAAGAUAAGUGGCCACGAAGAUGUGCCAGCAAACAGCGAAAAGGACUUGCUUAAAGCCGUAUCCAAACAACCAGUCUCGGUGGCCAUCGAUGCUAGCGGGUUUGACUUCCAGUUCUACUCUAGUGGGGUUUUCACAGGGUCUUGUGGCACCAGCUUGGACCAUGGUGUCACAGCUGUUGGUUAUGGUGUUGAUGAUGAUGAGGUUGGGACCAAGUUUUGGUUGGUGAAGAACUCUUGGGGAGACCAAUGGGGUGAGCAAGGGUAUAUAAGGAUGCAAAGAGAUGUUGAGGCCACACAAGGACUUUGUGGGAUUGCUAUGGAAGCCUCUUACCCCACUGCUUGAUUUUAUUAUACUCAUCCAAGUUAC